AAUUGACAAAAAUAAAAAAAUUAGUUAUAAAAUUAAACAACACAAUUUUACACAUAAAAAUGGUUGAAGUGGAUGUAUUCAUAAGUAAUUACACGCUAGUGGACCCAGAAAUAUACGAAUUAUGGAUUCAGGGGUACACAGCUACCGAAGCUGUUUCUUACCUAUAUAAGUCAGGUUUAGGCCAAAUAACAGGUGUAUCGAAAGAACUGAUAGCUAGUGAUGUUUUGGAUCAUUUUCGAACCUAUUCAUUGCUAGAAAAGUUAUUGAGCAAUCCCAAUAAGCUACAAGAACAAUUGUCCUUUCAAAUAGAGCCUCAAACGCGACAAUUACUUAUAGAAAAAUAUUAUGAAAUUGAUGAUGGAGUUAUAAAGGAGUUAUUAGGUAAAAAAUUGUCCUCCAAACAUAGGAAGGAUUUAGAUGAAGUGUCGGAAAAGACUAAUGUACCCUUAAAAUCAUGCAGAAGACAAUUUGACAAUGUAAAAAGAGUAUUUAAAAUGGUUGAGGAAGUUCCGGGCUCGUUGGUACAAAAUAUACAAAAUCUAUUUUACCUACCGGAAAAAUUGGCGAAAAAAUACGCUUGUAUUGUGUUUUUUGCUUGCAUAAGAUUUGAAACGUCGAAGAAAAAAUUGCAACAUCUCACUUUUGAAGACUGGAGAAAAUGCACUGAGGCUAUAAUGGACAAUUGGAGCUACAAAAUGACAGGGCCCGAAUACUAUGACACUGAAAUGGAUAAGGAGUUUUUAUUGGAACUAAGGGAAAUUAAAGUAUUAAUUGAUAGAGAAAAAGAACAUAAGCAGAUGAUAUUAAUACAAUUAAAACCAAAGUUACUACAGAAAAUAUUCAACGACUUGGAAGCGAAUUUUAGGUUAUAUUCGAGGCCUUUAAUCCUAUUGGCUACCACAUUACAUCGAAGCAGGGACAUGAAAAACCUGUUUAUUGAAAUUAUACAAAUAGUUGAAAUUUUUAAACAAGCAAGUUGGUCAGUUCACGAUUUGGACGAAUUUUUGCAUAGUUUUUACACUUCCGGCUUGGAAAUUGAUAUAAUAAGAACUGACUCUGGCCUUAAGUCUACACUAGAAAAAUAUAUGACAGUUAUAAAAGUAUGCUUACAUGUCAUGUAUUAAUUUUUUUAAGUAAUUUUAUUUAUUUUUUUGUGAUUGUUGUUUUUAUAAUAUUAUAAUGCAUUAAUA